AUGGAGCCGAGGGAGUCUGCAUCUGAGAGCCAGCAUGUCUCCACAGCCCUGCCAGGGGGCUGCCUCUCGCCUAGGACCCCUGCAGCAGAAGAAAAAGUGGGCACAGACACCAAAAGCAUUGCAGGAGUCUAUGUGGAGGCUUCUGCCAAGACCAUGAGUCUCUAUGAAGCCGUGCAAGAGCAUUUCCUCCAGCCGGAUCUUGCAUUGUCUCUGCUGGAGGCGCAGGCGGCUACGGGUGGCAUCAUUGACUGGAGGAGAAAGCAGCUGCUCUCUGUGGCAGAGGCACUGAGGAUGGGGCUGGUCGGGCUAGAGAUGAAGGAAAGGCUCUUGUCUGCUGAGCGAGCAAGAACUGGCUUUGUAGACCCCUAUACGGAGGAGAAGAUCUCUCUCUACCAAGCCAUCCAAAAAGAUCUAAUUGGAAAGGAACAGGGCCUGUACCUCCUAGAUGCCCAGAUAGCCACAGGAGGCAUUAUGGAGCCCAGCACUGGCCACCGUGUCUCUCUUCAGGAGGCGUGUGAGCACGGCUACCUGGGUGAGGAAAUUAGGAACCUACUUUGUGAUCCUGGGAAUCAGGCAGCUAAGGGCUUCUGGGACCCAAACAGCAACCAGAAGGUUACCUACAUGGAACUGAUGAGAAGGUGCAUAGCAGAUCCAGCCAGUGGCUUGCUUGUCUUGCCACUGAAAAUAUCUUUCCCUGGACUGAGAGGGGGUGUGUGCAGCCAUGAACUGCUGGAUUCUGGAAUAAUUGAUUCUGCCCUCUUCAAAGCCCUCCAUAACGGGGAGAUCACAGCACAGGAAGUUGCAGAAAUGGACUCUGUUAAGCAGUACCUCUCAGGGACAGGCAGCAUAGCAGGUGUGGCUGUGCUGGAAACCAAUGACUGCAGGAGCAUUUACCAGGCUCUAACGGAGCACCUCCUCGUUCCAGGCACGGCGGUGACCCUCCUGCAGGCUCAAGCUGCAACAGGCUGCUUAAUUGACCCUGUAAAGAAUGAAAAAUUCACUGCUGAUGCUGCCGUGCGGGCAGGAGUCGUUGGACCAGAACUUCAUGAGAAAUUGUCCGCAGCGGAGAGAGCUGUCACUGGGUACAAAGACCCCUACACUGGGGAGACAGUCUCUCUGUUUCAAGCCAUUAAGAAGGGCCUUGUUCCCAGGGAUCCUGGCAUUUUCCUGCUCGAUGCCCAGCUUGCCACUGGUGGCAUUAUUGAUCCUCACACGCAUCACCGGCUUCCUGUGGAGGUGGCCUUCCAGCGAGGCCUUUUAGACAGAGACACACACACCCUCCUCUGCCGUCCCACCGAUGACAUCCGCGGGUUCCUUGAGCCCAACUCCAAGGAGACCCUGUCUUAUGCAGAACUGCUGCUAAGAUGUGUCACUGAUCCAGACACGGGGCUCUACCUCCUACCUCUUUCUGGAGACCCCAGCGGGGCACAUUCCUUCAUUGACCACAGGACACAGUUUGCUCUAAAGAGCACAGAAGUGUCUGUGGCCUGUGGCAAAUUCCAGGGGAAACAGAUGUCACUCUGGAAACUCCUUUUCUCAGACUACUUCACAGGAAAGCAGAGGCGAUCCCUCAUCCAGCAGCUCCGCUCUGGGGGCCUCUCCACUCAGGAACUGGCUGACAUCAUCUGUGACUCCAUCCGGCAAGUGGCUGCCAAUUCCAGAGUCACGUUUGAAGGCCUCAGGGAAAAGGUGACCCCUGCUCAACUCCUGAGUUCCAAAAUCAUCAACCAAGAUUUGUUUGAGAAGCUAACCCAGGGGGAAGCAUUGGCCAAAGAUGUUGUUGGCAUGGGCCCGGUCAAAAAGUACUUGGAAGGGACUGGCAGCAUUAGUGGCUUAAUCCUGCCUGACUCUGAGGAGCGAAUCAGCAUCUACCAAGCAAAGAGAAAGGGCUUCCUGCGACCAGGAACAUCCCUCAUUCUCCUUGAGGCACAGGCUGCCACGGGAUACCUCAUUGACCCUGCCGCCAAUAAGAAAUACUCUGUGGACGAGGCCCUGCGUGCAAAUCUCAUUGGUCCAGAGAUUUAUGACAAGCUCCUCGCUGCUGAGAAAGCCGUCACUGGCUACACAGACCCAUACACUGGUGACAAGAUCUCCCUCUUCCAGGCCAUGAUGAAGGACCUCAUCGUUAGAGAGCAUGCCAUCCGUCUCCUGGAGGCUCAAAUUGCCACUGGAGGCAUCAUUGACCCCAUCAACAGCCACCGCCUCCCAGUGGAAGCCGCCUACCAGAGGGGCUACUUUGACAAGAAGAUGAACCUGGUCCUCUCAGACCCCAGUGAGGACACCAAGGGCUUCUUCGAUCCCAACACACACGAGAACCUGACCUACCUGCAGCUGAAGGAGAAGUGCAUCACAGAAGGCUCCACUGGCCUCUGCCUCCUGCCACUGAACAGCAAAAGGCGCCAAUUCAUCGAUGAUGCCACCAAGCAGGCUUUCAGGGGCUCAUGGCUCUAUGUAAAAUAUGGCCGUUUCCAAGGGCAAAGGGUGUCUCUGUGGGAUCUGCUGAACUCUGAGUACUUCAGUGAGGGUAAGAGACGGGAAAUAUUUAAUCACUACCACCUAUGCAUGGUCACCCUAGAGCAAAUCAAGCUCAUGCUGGAGGAGGAGAUGAAGAAGUGGGUCCCCAUAAAAUUUUCAGCCAUGAGGGGCCACGUCACUGCCUAUCAGUUGAUGGAAUCUGGUAUCCUUGACCGGGACCUCUUUGAAAGAUUGCUGGAGGGAGCGGUGAGCCCAGAGGAGGUGCUGCGCAUGGAUUCAGUCAGGAAAUACCUCUACGGCACCAGCAGCAUUGGGGGAAUUGUUCUGAAGCCCUCCAAUGAGAAAGUGGGCCUCUAUGAAGCCAUGAGGAGAAAUAUCGUCCUGCCAGGCGUGGUGGUACCCUUGCUCGAGGCACAGGCAGCCACUGGGUUCCUCAUUGAUCCAGUGAGCAGACAGAAGGUCUGCCUGGAUGAUGCAGUGAAGGGUGGUCUCAUUGGUCCAGAGCUCUAUGACAAGCUGCAGCGUGCAGAAGAAGCUGUCACUGGCUACAAAGAUCCUUUCACCGGCGAGAAGAUCUCACUCUUCCAAGCCAUGAAAAGGGGUCUUGUGCCUGACAAACAGGCCAUGAGGCUGUUAGAUGCCCAGCUGUCCACUGGGGGAGUAAUAGAUCCUCACAGGGGCCACUAUAUCCCUGUAGAAUUUGCCCAGAAAAAAGGCUACUUAGAUGGGAACCUCAGCAGCAUCCUUUCCCACUCAGACAGUGAUGCCAAAACUUUCAGCACUCUUGACAGCAAGGAGAAGGUGACCUACAGCCAGCUGAUAGAUCGGUGUCAGCAGGACGAAGGCUCAGGUUUCCGCCUACUGCCCCUGUCACAAACAGCAUCUCUUGUCUGCACAGAUGAGCAACUUGAACAUCUAUUCAGGGAUACCCUGGUGAAGGAAAAGGGACUUACUCUCUGGGAGCUCCUCAACUCUGGCUACUUCACUGAAGAGCAGAGAAGAGAUUUCUUUGAGAAGUUUAGGUCUGAGGCAAUAUCACUCCAGCAGUUGAUCAGCCUUGUUUUGGGACUCGUUAAGGAAAUGGAAAUGAAGGCUCAAGCCCAGGUCACCUUCCAAGGCUUGAGAGGAACAGUGCCAGCUGUCUGGCUCCUGGAUAACGGCAUUCUUUCAGGAAAGAUAUUCACAGAGCUGGUGCAGGGCAGGAGGACAGCUGAAGAAGUGGCUGAGAUGGAGAGCGUGAAGCAAUAUCUGCAGGGCACUGGGAGCAUUGCAGGGGUUUUCAUUCAAGCUUCCAAAGAGAAAAUGGGCAUCUACCAAGCCAUGCAGAAAAACGUCCUCAUGCCAGGCAUGGGGGCAAGGCUUCUGGAAGCUCAGGCAGCCACAGGGACCAUCAUGGGCCUGGGGUCAAACCAGAGGCUCGGUGUAGAGGAGGCCAUCAAGGCUGGCAUAGUGGGCAGAGAGCUUACAGAACAGCUGCUUCAGGCCGAGAGGGCACUGACAGGCUACAGAGACCCUUACUCAGGCAGGCUGAUCUCAGUGUGCCAGGCCAUCAGGAAAGAGCUGAUCCCUGCUGCGGCUGGCAUCCCUUUGCUGGAAGCUCAGCUGGCCACUGGAGGGGUCAUUGAUCCCAUCCACCACCAUCACCUUCCUCUCCAGUCUGCCUACAAGCAUGGUCUCUAUGAUGAAGACAUGCACAAGACUCUUUCUCAGCCCACUGAUGACUCCUGCGUCUUCUUUGACCCCAACACACAAGAGAGCCUGACCUAUCAGCAGCUGAAGGACAGAUGCAUUCAAGAUCCACAAACAGGGCUAUUGCUGCUUCCUCUCUCAGAAGACGCUGCUUUUUAUGGGGACAAGCAAAUUAUGGAGGUGCUGAAAUCAGAAACCAUUUGUGUCAGCAUUGGGCGGUUUAAAGGGCAAGUGGUUUCUCUCUGGGAUCUACUGAACUCUGAGUACAUCUCCAAUAGCAAGCGGAGAGAGCUGCUGAUGGCCUACAAAGAGGGGGAUGCUGAGGCACUUCAGGAAAUCAUCACAGUCAUCACCAAGGUCAUUGCAGAGACUGAAACUCAAGGCAAGAGGUUCACCUUCAAGGGUUUGCGCAAGCAGGUGUCAGCCAGUGACCUUUUCCAGGCAGAGCUCAUAGACAAGGAAACUCUGGAUGAACUUCACCAGGGAAAGAAGACUGUCCAGGAAGUCACCGAGAUGGACUCAGUCAGGAAGUUCCUGGAGGGCUGUAACUUCAUAGCUGGAGUCCUUAUACAGCCAAGCCGUGAAAAGAUGGGUGUCUACCAGGCCAUGAGGCAGGGUCUCCUUAGACCAGGAAUGGCCCUGGUGCUUCUAGAGGCCCAGGCUGCCACUGGGUUUCUCAUUGACCCAGUGAAAAACAAGAAACUGUCAGUAGAUGAAGCGAUGGCAACAGGGCUGAUUGGAAGAGAAAUUUAUGAGAAACUGCUGAGUGCAGAAAGAGCAGUGACUGGAUAAACACACACCUACACGAAAGAACAGAUCUCUCUCUUUGAGGCCAUGAAUGAAGAGCUCAUUGUGAGAAGCCACGGCAUCCGCCUGCUGGAGGCCCAGAUCGCCACGGGAGGCAUCAUUGACCCCGUUCACAGUCACCGUAUCCCCGUAGAGGUAGCUUACAAGCGGGGCUAUUUUGACAAAAAGAUGAGCCAAAUCCUUUCAGACCCCACAGACGAUACCAAAGGGUUUUUUGACCCCAACACACACGAGAACCUCACUUACCUCCAGCUACUAGAACGAUGCGUUCAAGACUCAGAGACUGGACUGUAUAUGCUGCAAAUAGUGAGAAGGGGGGAAAGGUACUUCUAUAUCGAUGAGACAACGAAACAAUUUCUACAAGCAAAAAUGAUCCAGAUGCACGUAGGGAAGUACAAAAGCCAGACUGUCUCCAUAUGGGACCUCCUCUGUUCCCCAUACAUUCAAGAACAGAGGAGGAAAGACCUGGUAAGACAGUACAAGUGUGAAAUGCUGACAUUAGAACGUCUUAUCAGCAUCAUCACCACAACCAUUGAGGAAACAGAACAGAGAACGGAGAAACUGAAGGUUAAGGGCCUCAGAGGGGAGGUAUCAGCUGCAGAGCUGUUCAACUCAGAGAUAAUUGACAAGAAAACGCUAGAUGGGCUCUAUCAUCAAGGGGCUCAUGCUCUCAACCAGCUUAGCCAGAAGGAUCCUGUGAAACGAUACCUGGAAGGAACUGGCUGCAUAGCAGGGGUCUCUGUGGCAUCAAAGAAGAUGACUAUCUAUGAAGCUAUGAGGACAGGGCUUCUCUCCCCAGAAAAUGGUCUCGUGCUACUAGAGGCACAGGCAGCCACUGGCUUCAUCACUGACCCACUGAAGAAGAAAACAUUCUCUGUUGACCAAGCUGUCUCUGCUAGAAUUGUAGGUGAUGAAAUUCACGAGAAGCUUAUUUUUGCAGAGAAAGCUGUUACUGGAUACACUGACCCUGCCACAGGGAACAAACUUUCACUCUUCCAGGCUAUGAAGAAGAACAUCGUUGAGAAAGCCUAUGCUCUCAGACUGCUGGAAGCCCAGAUUGCCACUGGUGGCAUCAUUGACCCUGAAUAUGGCCAUCGCAUCCCUGUGCAGGUAGCUUACAAACGUGGCUAUUUGGAUGAAGAUGUCCUUGUCCUACUUUCUGAUCCAGAAUACGGCAUCAAAGGGUUUGUGGAUCCCAACACACACAAAAGGAUUACAUAUGCUCAUCUCCUUCAGAGAUGUGUCAAAGACAAAGACACAGGGAUGUACCUCCUACAGCUGCUUGACAAAAGGGAAUACUUCUAUGUAGAUGACACAACAAAAAAUAUUCUGUCAUCCACCAAAGUGAAUGUAAAGCUUGGGAAAUAUGCAGGGCAGACUUUCUCUGUGUGGGAACUUCUUUGUUCAGAUUAUUUCAAUGAAGAAAAGAGAAAAGAGUUGAUAAAAAGAUACAAGCAGAGAUCCUCAGUUAGUCUUCAACACAUCACAAAUGAAAUCCUGAACAUCAUAGAAGGAAAAGAAAGAAACAGAAGGGAUAUAUGGUUCCAAGGUCUACGGCAACAAGUUACAGCUUCAGAAUUAUUCAAAGCUGACAUAAUAAGUCAGGACACAAUAAAGAAGCUGGAGGAGGGAAGACAGACUGUCCAAGAAGUGGCAAACAUGGAUUCAGUCAGGAGAUACCUGGAAGGCACCAGCUGCGUUGCCGGAGUGCUUGUGCCAUCCAUAUCAGACCCUUCCAAGAUGCAGAAGAUGACCAUCUAUGAGGCCAUGUGGAGGCGCAUUCUGAGGCCAGGCACAGCCCUAGUACUGCUGGAGGCACAGGCUGCCACAGGAUUCAUCAUUGACCCCGUGAAGAACGAGAAACUCUCUGUUGAUGAUGCCGUCUCUACUGGAUUAGUGGGUGGAGAAAUACAUAGCAAACUCCUUGCCGCAGAGAAAGCUGUGACGGGAUACACUGACCCAUACACAGGGAAAAGAAUUUCACUUUUCCAGGCAAUGAAAAGAGAUCUUAUACUUAAAGAACAUGGAAUCCGCUUGCUUGAGGCUCAGAUUGCAACAGGAGGUAUAAUUGAUCCAGUCAACAGUCAUCGCAUUCCUGUUGAAGUGGCUUAUAAACGGGGCUACUUUGAUGAGCAUCUGAACCAAGUUCUCUCAGAUCCUACAGAUGACACCAAGGGCUUCUUCGAUCCCAACACCCAUGAGAACCUCACAUAUAUGCAGCUGAUUAAAAGGUGCACACGUGACCCAGACAAAGGACUAUUAAUGCUUCAGAUAAAAGACAAGGGCUACGGUGCCUUUGAUUCAGAGGAGAACAUCAGGAAGACUUUGAAGUCUACAACAAUAAAAGUCAGUUUAGGACAAUUCCAAGACCAGGAUGUUUCUCUCUGGGACCUUCUUUUCUCUACAUACAUUUCUCAAUAUAAAAGGCAACAACUUUUAGAAGAGUAUGAAGAUGGAAAAAUAACUCUAAAGGAAAUCACCACCACAGUUAAAUCCAUUAUAACAAACACUUCAAACCUGAAUGUAGAGGGGAAAACAUCACACAAAGAAGACAACACUUUAAAGAACAAUGAGCACUGGGGAAAAAGCUUGCAGACAGUUAACAUGACGAUAAAACAAGAAGGUCAUCCAGACAAAUAUCUCUCAGUGUGGGAUGUUCUAUUGUCUCCGACCAUCCCAGAAGACAAAAGAAAAGAGCUUCUGAGCAACUACAGAAAGGGCAAAGUAAGCCUCAAGGAGCUCACAGAAAUCCUUGCUUCGUUCUUUGCAGAGACCACAAGCAGAGUGACUAUACAUUCCGGGGGCCCAGACACACCUAGUCCAGCCAUGGCAUCUUUAGCAGAAGAAGAGGAGGUGGAGGAUGCUUCCGAUGCAACAGAACGGGGUGAGAAGGAAAGGACCUUGAAGGCCCGGAUGGUUGAAAUCACUGUUGGUGAGUUCCGUGGCAAGAAGGUCUCCAUCUGGGACCUGCUCCAUUCCAAGUACAUCCCUGAAGAGAAGAGGAAAGAGAUCCUGCACCUGUACAGGACUGGCAUUCUCACCAUUGACCAGGUGGAAACCGUGGUCACCGGCAUCGUAAGCAGAACAGAGGAGGAGAAAAAGAAAGAAGCCGCCUCCCUCUCAGACGCUCCGUCAUCCUGGGAAGACCCCUUACGGAAUCACACUGUGGUCCUGCAUGUCGGUGAAUUCCAAGGCCAGGAAGCCUCCCUGUGGGAUCUCCUCUUCUCUCACUACAUUCCAGACAGCCAAAGAGAGGAGUUGUUGACAAAGUACCAGUCAGGAAUCUUGAGCAUUUCCGAUAUGAUUGCCACACUCGCCUCCAUUCUCACAGAAAGGGAGGGAAGCCACAUCCAAGAUGCAGGAAGCGGUCUGGCCAGCGAGACGACUCUGUCCCAGGCGGGUGGAACUACCCCUGCUAUGCAGGAUCAAGAGCUGGAACAGGCAUUACGGAUGAUGACCGCCAACGUGCCUGUAGGUGAAUUCCAAGGCCACCAGCGUUCCGUCUGGGAGCUCCUCUUCUCCAAAUAUGUGACUGUAGAGAAACGGCAAGAGCUCCUGCAGAUGUAUCGAUCGGGCGCUAUCAGUGCUGAGGAACUCAUCCGGAUAAUCAUCACCCUGAUUGAAGAAACAGAAGAGAGGAGCAACACCUUGAAGUUCCCUGGUCUCAGGAGGCAAGUGUCUGCCUCGGAACUCUUCAGCUCCCAAAUCAUUGAUCGAGACACACUGUCUGAUCUCACGCGGGGAGCCAAGACCGUGGAGGAGAUCACAGAGAUGGAUUCGGUGAAGAGGUACCUGGAAGGCACCAGCUGCAUUGCCGGAGUGCUGGUGCCAUCCAAGUCAGACCCUUCCAAGAUGCAGACGAUGACCAUCUACGAGGCCAUGUGGAAGGGCAUUCUCACGCCAGGCACUGCCCUGGUGCUGCUGGAGGCACAGGCCGCCACCGGGUUCAUCAUUGACCCGCUGAAGAACGAGAAACUCUCUGUCGAUGACGCCGUCUCUGCCGGACUGGUGGGUGCCGAGCUCCAGGAGAAGCUUCUCUCUGCAGAGAAGGCCGUGACCGGGUACAACGACCCCUAUACAGGGAACAAAAUCUCCCUUUUCCAGGCGAUGAACAAAGGCCUCAUUGUCAAAGACCACGGCAUCCGCCUGCUGGAGGCCCAGAUUGCCACCGGGGGCAUCAUCGAUCCUGUGCAUAGCCACCGCCUCCCCGUGGAGAUGGCAUACAAGCGGGGCUACUUUGAUGAGGAGAUGAACCAGAUCCUCUCAGAUCCAACUGAUGACACCAAGGGCUUCUUCGACCCCAACACUCACGAAAACCUCACGUACAUGCAGCUUCGGCUCAGAUGCAUCCCUGAUCCGGAUACCGGUUUGCUGAUGCUUCACUUGAUGGAAAAGGGCUCCUUAUUCUUUGCUCUAAAUGACAACACACGGAAGUCUUUGCAGUCUGCCAAGACCACGGUCGGCGUGGGGAUUUUCCAGGGCCCGGAGGUCUCCGUCUGGGACCUCCUCUUCUCCAGGUACGUCCCUCCGCACAAGAGGCAGGAACUACUAAGGCAAUACAAAGCUGGCACUAUCACUCUCCAGGACGUGGAAACCGUGGUCACCGGCAUCGUAAGCAGAACAGAGGAGGAGAAAAAGAAAGAAGCCACCUCCCUCUCAGACGCUCCGUCAUCCUGGGAAGACCCCUUACGGAAUCACACUGUGGUCCUGCAUGUCGGUGAAUUCCAAGGCCAGGAAGCCUCCCUGUGGGAUCUCCUCUUCUCUCACUACAUUCCAGACAGCCAAAGAGAGGAGUUGUUGACAAAGUACCAGUCAGGAAUCUUGAGCAUUUCCGAUAUGAUUGCCACACUCGCCUCCAUUCUCACAGAAAGGGAGGGAAGCCACAUCCAAGAUGCAGGAAGCAGUCUGGCCAGCGAGACGACUCUGUCCCAGGCGGGUGGAACUACCCCUGCUAUGCAGGAUCAAGAGCUGGAACAGGCAUUACGGAUGAUGACCGCCAACGUGCCUGUAGGUGAAUUCCAAGGCCACCAGCGUUCCGUCUGGGAGCUCCUCUUCUCCAAAUAUGUGACUGUAGAGAAACGGCAAGAGCUCCUGCAGAUGUAUCGAUCGGGCGCUAUCAGUGCUGAGGAACUCAUCCGGAUAAUCAUCACCCUGAUUGAAGAAACAGAAGAGAGGAGCAACACCUUGAAGUUCCCUGGUCUCAGGAGGCAAGUGUCUGCCUCGGAACUCUUCAGCUCCCAAAUCAUUGAUCGAGACACACUGUCUGAUCUCACGCGGGGAGCCAAGACCGUGGAGGAGAUCACAGAGAUGGAUUCGGUGAAGAGGUACCUGGAAGGCACCAGCUGCAUUGCCGGAGUGCUGGUGCCAUCCAAGUCAGACCCUUCCAAGAUGCAGACGAUGACCAUCUACGAGGCCAUGUGGAAGGGCAUUCUCACGCCAGGCACUGCCCUGGUGCUGCUGGAGGCACAGGCCGCCACCGGGUUCAUCAUUGACCCGCUGAAGAACGAGAAACUCUCUGUCGAUGACGCCGUCUCUGCCGGACUGGUGGGUGCCGAGCUCCAGGAGAAGCUUCUCUCUGCAGAGAAGGCCGUGACCGGGUACAACGACCCCUAUACAGGGAACAAAAUCUCCCUUUUCCAGGCGAUGAACAAAGGCCUCAUUGUCAAAGACCACGGCAUCCGCCUGCUGGAGGCCCAGAUUGCCACCGGGGGCAUCAUCGAUCCUGUGCAUAGCCACCGCCUCCCCGUGGAGAUGGCAUACAAGCGGGGCUACUUUGAUGAGGAGAUGAACCAGAUCCUCUCAGAUCCAACUGAUGACACCAAGGGCUUCUUCGACCCCAACACUCACGAAAACCUCACGUACAUGCAGCUUCGGCUCAGAUGCAUCCCUGAUCCGGAUACCGGUUUGCUGAUGCUUCACUUGAUGGAAAAGGGCUCCUUAUUCUUUGCUCUAAAUGACAACACACGGAAGUCUUUGCAGUCUGCCAAGACCACGGUCGGCGUGGGGAUUUUCCAGGGCCAGGAGGUCUCCGUCUGGGACCUCCUCUUCUCCAGGUACGUCCCUCCGCACAAGAGGCAGGAACUACUAAGGCAAUACAAAGCUGGCACUAUCACUCUCCAGGACGUCAUCCAAAUCCUCACCGCUAUCGUCACUGAGACUGAGGAAAGGAACACCAGACACACCGAGUCCCACAAACAACCUCCCAGUCCACCCAAAAGAGAACCACUCAAACCUGAUGCGACUCAUCCAAGCCAGGAGGAAACCUGGGAAACGACCUUGAAGACCACAGCCACCAACAUGCCUGCAGGCGAACACCAAGGUCAGCAAGUCUUUGUGUGGGAUCUGCUCUUCUCCAGUUACAUCACUGAGGAAAAGAGGACAGAAUUGCUGGAGCUGUACAGGAGAGGGAUGCUGCCGAUCGACCGGCUGAUCACCAUCCUCACCACUCUUGUCCUGAAAAAAGAAUCCACAAAUAGGAAACUUGACAUCAAAGUGAGAAGCCCAUCCCACGAGAGGGCGGCAGAUGAAGAAGCCCAUCUUUCCCCCCGCUCGGGGCCAGAAAACUGGGAAACUUCCUUGCGGUCUCAUCACAUCCAAGUGCCCCUUGGUGAGUGGCAAAGCCAACAGCUAUCGCUGUGGGAUGCCCUCUUCUCCCAGUUCGUCCCAGAUAAGGAACGAGAAGAACUUCUGAGCAACUACAGAAAGGGCAAAGUAAGCCUCGAGGAGCUCACAGAAAUCCUUGCUUCCUUCUUUGCUGAGACCACAAGCAGAGUGACUAUGCAGUCCGGGGGCCCAGACACACCUAAUCCAGCUGUGACAUCUUUAGCAGAAGAGGAGGAGGCGGAGGAUGCUUCCGAUGCAACAGAACGGGGUGAGAAGGAAAGGGCCUUGAAGGCCCGGAUGGUUGAAAUGACUGUUGGUGAGUUCCGUGGCAAGAAGGUCUCCAUCUGGGACCUGCUCCAUUCCAAGUACAUCCCUGAAGAGAAGAGGAAAGAGAUCCUGCACCUGUACAGGACUGGCAUUCUCACCACUGACCAGGUGGAAACCGUGGUCACCGGCAUCGUAAGCAGAACAGAGGAGGAGAAAAAGAAAGAAGCCACCUCCCUCUCAGACGCUCCGUCAUCCUGGGAAGACCCCUUACGGAAUCACACUGUGGUCCUGCAUGUCGGUGAAUUCCAAGGCCAGGAAGCCUCCCUGUGGGAUCUCCUCUUCUCUCACUACAUUCCAGACAGCCAAAGAGAGGAGUUGUUGACAAAGUACCAGUCAGGAAUCUUGAGCAUUUCCGAUAUGAUUGCCACACUCGCCUCCAUUCUCACAGAAAGGGAGGGAAGCCACAUCCAAGAUGCAGGAAGCGGUCUGGCCAGCGAGACGACUCUGUCCCAGGCGGGUGGAACUACCCCUGCUAUGCAGGAUCAAGAGCUGGAACAGGCAUUACGGAUGAUGACCGCCAACGUGCCUGUAGGUGAAUUCCAAGGCCACCAGCGUUCCGUCUGGGAGCUCCUCUUCUCCAAAUAUGUGACUGUAGAGAAACGGCAAGAGCUCCUGCAGAUGUAUCGAUCGGGCGCUAUCAGUGCUGAGGAACUCAUCCGGAUAAUCAUCACCCUGAUUGAAGAAACAGAAGAGAGGAGCAACACCUUGAAGUUCCCUGGUCUCAGGAGGCAAGUGUCUGCCUCGGAACUCUUCAGCUCCCAAAUCAUUGAUCGAGACACACUGUCUGAUCUCACGCGGGGAGCCAAGACCGUGGAGGAGAUCACAGAGAUGGAUUCGGUGAAGAGGUACCUGGAAGGCACCAGCUGCAUUGCCGGAGUGCUGGUGCCAUCCAAGUCAGACCCUUCCAAGAUGCAGACGAUGACCAUCUACGAGGCCAUGUGGAAGGGCAUUCUCACGCCAGGCACUGCCCUGGUGCUGCUGGAGGCACAGGCCGCCACCGGGUUCAUCAUUGACCCGCUGAAGAACGAGAAACUCUCUGUCGAUGACGCCGUCUCUGCCGGACUGGUGGGUGCCGAGCUCCAGGAGAAGCUUCUCUCUGCAGAGAAGGCCGUGACCGGGUACAACGACCCCUAUACAGGGAACAAAAUCUCCCUUUUCCAGGCGAUGAACAAAGGCCUCAUUGUCAAAGACCACGGCAUCCGCCUGCUGGAGGCCCAGAUUGCCACCGGGGGCAUCAUCGAUCCUGUGCAUAGCCACCGCCUCCCCGUGGAGAUGGCAUACAAGCGGGGCUACUUUGAUGAGGAGAUGAACCAGAUCCUCUCAGAUCCAACUGAUGACACCAAGGGCUUCUUCGACCCCAACACUCACGAAAACCUCACGUACAUGCAGCUUCGGCUCAGAUGCAUCCCUGAUCCGGAUACCGGUUUGCUGAUGCUUCACUUGAUGGAAAAGGGCUCCUUAUUCUUUGCUCUAAAUGACAACACACGGAAGUCUUUGCAGUCUGCCAAGACCACGGUCGGCGUGGGGAUUUUCCAGGGCCAGGAGGUCUCCGUCUGGGACCUCCUCUUCUCCAGGUACGUCCCUCCGCACAAGAGGCAGGAACUACUAAGGCAAUACAAAGCUGGCACUAUCACUCUCCAGGACGUCAUCCAAAUCCUCACCGCUAUCGUCACUGAGACUGAGGAAAGGAACACCAGACACACCGAGUCCCACAAACAACCUCCCAGUCCACCCAAAAGAGAACCACUCAAACCUGAUGCGACUCAUCCAAGCCAGGAGGAAACCUGGGAAACAACCUUGAAGACCACAGCCACCAACAUGCCUGCAGGCGAACACCAAGGUCAGCAAGUCUUUGUGUGGGAUCUGCUCUUCUCCAGUUACAUCACUGAGGAAAAGAGGACAGAAUUGCUGGAGCUGUACAGGAGAGGGAUGCUGCCGAUCGACCGGCUGAUCACCAUCCUCACCACUCUUGUCCUGAAAAAAGAAUCCACAAAUAGGAAACUUGACAUCAAAGUGAGAAGCCCAUCCCACGAGAGGGCGGCAGAUGAAGAAGCCCAUCUUUCCCCCCGCUCGGGGCCAGAAAACUGGGAAACUUCCUUGCGGUCUCAUCACAUCCAAGUGCCCCUUGGUGAGUGGCAAAGCCAACAGCUAUCGCUGUGGGAUGCCCUCUUCUCCCAGUUCGUCCCAGAUAAGGAACGAGAAGAACUUCUGAGCAACUACAGAAAGGGCAAAGUAAGCCUCGAGGAGCUCACAGAAAUCCUUGCUUCCUUCUUUGCUGAGACCACAAGCAGAGUGACUAUGCAGUCCGGGGGCCCAGACACACCUAGUCCAGCUGUGACAUCUUUAGCAGAAGAGGAGGAGGCGGAGGAUGCUUCCGAUGCAACAGAACGGGGUGAGAAGGAAAGGGCCUUGAAGGCCCGGAUGGUUGAAAUCACUGUUGGUGAGUUCCGUGGCAAGAAGGUCUCCAUCUGGGACCUGCUCCAUUCCAAGUACAUCCCUGAAGAGAAGAGGAAAGAGAUCCUGCACCUGUACAGGACUGGCAUUCUCACCACUGACCAGGUGGAAACCGUGGUCACCGGCAUCGUAAGCAGAACAGAGGAGGAGAAAAAGAAAGAAGCAGCCUCCCUCUCAGACGCUCCGUCAUCCUGGGAAGACCCCUUACGGAAUCACACUGUGGUCCUGCAUGUCGGUGAAUUCCAAGGCCAGGAAGCCUCCCUGUGGGAUCUCCUCUUCUCUCAGUAUGUCCCAGAAUAUAAAAGGGAGGAGCUUCUGAGCAACUACAGGAAAGGCCUGCUAAGUGUGGAGAAGCUGACAGAACUCCUCCUUGCUGAGAGCACAGCCAUAGUUAGUGGACAUCCCAGUUCCCUCCAAACACCUGGGUCUGCCGUGGCAUCUUUUGCAGAGGAGAAGGACACAUCAGAACAGGGUGAAACAGAAAAGUCUUUGAGGGCCCGAAUGGUAGAAAUAACUGCUGGCGAGUUCCGUGGACAGAAGGUCUCCGUGUGGGAUCUAAUCCAUUCAAAAUACAUCCCUGAAGAGAAGAGGAAGGAGCUCCUGCAGCUAUGCAAGAGUGGCAUUCUCACCACUGACCAGAUGGAAACUGUGGUCACUGGCAUUGUAAACAGAUCAGAGGAGGAAAGAAUUAAUGCAGCAGCCUCCAGUGUCAGCUGUGGUCCAGUCAUCUCAGGGGAGGGGGAAAGUGUGCAGUCCUCCUACUAUGACCUUCUACGGCAUACUUUAUGCCUGGAGAAUAUUGAUGUAACCAUCCGUGAGAUCCAAGGCCAGAAGUCCUCUGUGUGGGACCCUUUCUUUUCACAGUUUGUCUCCAAUAUCAGGACAGAGGAGGUAGUACACAGACAUGGCGCACCAGCAGUAAGUGUAAAAGAAAGUAUCAGAAGCAUCACUACUCUUAUUACAGAAACUGAAAGCGUGCCGUUUGCAGUGGGGCAGAGUAUCAAGGGAGAUGUUAUGUCCCCAGAUAUAUUCACGGCUUCUGCAUCACAAUGCCAGGCAGAAACAGAGAAUGCCUUGAAAUCAAGCAUGCUAAAGGGAUCUUUUGGUGAGGUAUUUGAUCAACAGGUUUCCCUUUGGGAUGUAUUGCACUGUGAAUACAUCCCUGAGGAGAAAAGGAAGGAUUUGUUGGAUCUGUUCAAGACUGGCAUGCUCACCAUUGACCAACUGGAAACCAUAGUCACCACCAUCCUCAACAAAAUAGCAGAAGAGCAUAGGAGGGAAGGACCCCACUCAAUCUUGCAAUCAGAACUCUUGGAAGACUCAUUACAGAAUCACACUGUGGUCCUACAGGUUGGUGACUUCCAAGGCCAGGAAGCCUCCCUGUGGGAUCUGCUCUUCUCCCAGCAUAUCCCACAAAACAAAAGGGAAGAACUUCUGAUCAGCUACAGAAACGGCAGGAUAAGUCUUGGGGAGAUGACAGAAAUCCUUGCUUCCCUCUUUGCCGAGACCACAACCAGAGUUAGUGGACAUCCCAGGGGCCCAGACACACCAAGACCUGCCACAGCAUCUUUUGAGGAAGAAGAGGAGAAGGAAGAGGAGGAGGAGGAGGAAAACGACGACAACGAUGCUUCUGAUGCAACAGAACAGGGUGAAACAGAAAGAUCCUUAAAGGCCCGGAUGGUUGAAAUAGCUGUUGGUGAGUUCCGUGGCAAGAAGGUCUCCAUCUGGGACCUGCUCCAUUCCAAGUACAUCCCUGAAGAGAAGAGGAAAGAGAUCCUGCACCUGUACAGGACUGGCAUUCUCACCAUUGACCAGGUGGAAACCGUGGUCACCGGCAUCGUAAGCAGAACAGAGGAGGAGAAAAAGAAAGAAGCCGCCUCCGGUGUCAGCUGUGCAACAGAACAGAGUGAAACGGAAAGGGCCCUUAAGGCCCGGAUGGUAGAAAUAGCCGUUGGUGAGUUCCGUGGCAAGAAGGUCUCCAUCUGGGACCUGCUCCAUUCCAAGUACAUCCCUGAAGAGAAGAGGAAAGAGAUCCUGCACCUGUACAGGACUGGCAUUCUCACCAUUGACCAGGUGGAAACCGUGGUCACCGGCAUCGUAAGCAGAACAGAGGAGGAGAAAAAGAAAGAAGCCGCCUCCGGUGUCAGUUGUGCAACAGAACAGAGUGAAACGGAAAGGGCCCUUAAGGCCCGGAUGGUAGAAAUAGCCGUCGGUGAGUUCCGUGGCAAGAAGGUCUCCAUCUGGGACCUACUCCAUUCCAAGUACAUCCCUGAAGAGAAGAGGAAAGAGAUCCUGCACCUGUACAGGACUGGCAUUCUCACCAUUGACCAGGUGGAAACCGUGGUCACCGGCAUCGUAAGCAGAACAGAGGAGGAGAAAAAAAAAGAAACUGCAUUCGGUGAACUGAUCAGCACGCUCACCAAUAUCAUCACAGACGCAGAAAGGCACAAUCUGUCAUCCAGGCUGGGCAGCCGUCCAUUGGGUGUAUCAGAGGGAAGGGACGAUUCCUACGCCCAGCAGCAGCAGCAGCAACUGAAAAAAUCUUUGCGGACCACUAUGGUCCAUGUGACCAGUGGACAAUUUAAAGGGCAAAAGGUGUGUGUGCUGGAUCUUCUGUUUUCCAAAUACGUCGCUCAGGAUAAAAGGCAAGAACUGCUCGAGCUGUACAGGGCAGGGACAUUACCCAUUCAAGAUAUGGUUAUGAUGGUUACCACCAUGAUUGAAGAGGCCGAAUGCAAACCUGGGAAGGUGGAUAUAAAGAGAAAAAUGGGCAGUAACAAAGGGACAUUGCCUUGGACAGAGAAGGGUGCUGACUCAGACUCAGGUGCUGCCUCCCCCCACACACACACACACGGGACCCGCCCCCGGGACGCAUCCGGACGCAUUUGCAGCCCAGCCAUGUCACAGGCCCAGCAGGCCCAGCAAGGGGACACGGAAGAGAUGCCGAUCGUGCAAGUCCGCGAGGAGCCCCACUGGCCCUUCCCUUGCCCCCCAGAGCUGGGAGAGGAGCCCGUCAUAGCCGGCGUCCUGAAGGAGCCGAGCAAGGAGAAGCUGAGUAUCCAGAAGGCGAUGCGGAAGGGACUCCUGACCCGAGCGACGGGCCUGGCUCUGCUGGAGGCCCAAGCCGUGUCUGGCUACAUCGUGGACCCCAUCAAGAACCGGAAGCUGUCCGUGAGAGACGCCACGAACGCUGGCCUGAUCGACAGAGAGUAUUUCAACACGCUUCUCGUCGCAGAGAAGGCCGUGACGGGCUACACCGACCCCUUCUCAGGGAGCAAGAUCUCCCUCUUCCAGGCGAUGAAGAAAGGCCUCCUGGUCAAAGACCACGGCAUCCGCCUGCUGGAGGCACAGGUCGCGACGGGGGGCAUCAUCCACCCCGCCCACAGCCACCGCCUCCCCGUGGAGCUGGCGCACAAGUGGGGCUACCUGGACGGAGAAAUCUCCCACAUGGUCGCAGACCCCGCCAGCCACGCCAGGAGGUGCUUUGACCCCAUUGCCCGGGAGAGCCUCACGUACACGCAGCUUCUCCACAGGUGUGUCCCUGACCCAGAGACUGGGCUGCUCAUGGUUCCGGUCAUGGAGAAGGGAUCCGUUGUCUCCAAGCUGGAUAAGAGCACUCAGAAGUCCUUGCAGUCGGCCACCACCAAAGUCAGCGCAGGUCUUUUCCAGGGCCAAGAGGUCUCUGUCUGGGACCUCCUCUUCUCCAGGUACGUCCCUGUGCCAAAGAAGCAGGAGCUGCUGAAGCAGUACAAAGCUGGCUCUGUCACGCUUCAGGACCUCGUCGGCACCCUCCAUGGCAUCGUCACCGAGGCAGAAGCCCAAAGAGACCCCCCCCGCGGGAAAGAGGAAGGACCCAGCCGGGACAUGGAGCCGAGGAGCGCGUCGGAGCAGGAAGGGCGAGAGGAGGCCCUGAGGUCUCGGAGGGUCAAGGUUCCAGCCUGUGAGUUCCGCGGGCGGAAGGUCUCCGUGUGGGACCUGCUCCAUUCCAAAUACAUCCCUGAAGAGAAACGGAAGGAACUUCUGCGGCUGUACAAGUCCGGCAUCCUCAGCACGGACCAAAUGGAAGUGGUGGUCACGGCCAUUGCCACCAAAAUAGAGGAGGUACGGGCCAAGGAGCGGGGCCGUGUCGCCGGCCCAGGCCGGGAGAUGGAGACCAUCGAUGAAUCCGACAUUUUCGAUCCGCAGGAGGAAGAACUGAAAAGAAAUCUACAGUUGAUCUGUAUCCCUGUAACCCUUGGUGAGUUCAAAGGGCAGAAUGUCCCUUUGCUGGACAUCAUCUCAUCUAAAUACUUCCCCCGGGACAAAAGAGAGGAGCUGCUGGGUCUGUACCGAGCAGGGACGUUUAGCACGGAUCAGAUGACCAGGGCGGUCAGUGGCGUCCUGGAGAGAUUGGAAGCCAGUCGGAAGAAACUCAUUGUGAAAGUGAUCGGUCGGAGCCAAGGGGCAUUUGGAUGCUGGGAGGCUCUGUUUGCGGCAGAUUCUCCAGCCAGCAAACAUCUGGACGACGUGCUGAAGUCCAAACUGGUUGCCUUGCCUGCUGGAGAGCGCCAGGGUCAGCAGGUGUCUCUGUGGGACCUCCUCUUCUCGCACUACAUCGCCAGGGACAAAAGGGAGGAGCUCCUGAGGAAGUACAGGGACGGGACGUUUAGUGCCGAGGAACUCUCCUCCAUCCUCAUCAUCCUGGCUUCGCUCCAUGAACUCUUUGACUCUCUGGAGGGCACAACACCCAGGACAAGUAGGAACUCCACAGCACAAGUUGAGUCUGGUCCUGACCCUGACACCACAACAUGUGAGGAGGAGGAGGAGGAGGAGGAUGGCGACGACGACGAUGACAACGAUGGCGAUGACGACGACGAUGACGAUGACGAUGAUGACGAGGACCAAGACAAGGACAAGGCUUUGAAGUCCAGGAUGGUUUCGGUUUCAGUCAGAGAGUUCCGUGGACGGAAGGUCUCCUUGUGGGACCUGCUGCACUCCAAGUAUGUGCCUGAGAAGAAAAGGAAGGAGAUCCUGAAGCUGUACAGAAUUGGAAUUCUCUCAACAGACCAAAUGGAAACGGUGAUCACUGCGAUCGUCGCCAGAGUAGCAGAGAAGAUGGCCAAGGCCGGCAGGCAUGUGAGUGCCUCCAGCCCGGACAUCAGGAGUGGCGGCGGCAGCCUGGCUCGUGAGAAGCCCCGGGUGAAGAAAACCGUGGACAUUCUAACCAUUGACUUCCCAGUAGGAGAAUUCCAAGGCCGGAGCGUCUCCAUGUGGGACCUCCUCUUCUCCAAGUAUGUCUCUGAAGCCAAGAGGCAGGAACUUCUCGCGAGGUACGUAACCGGAACACUCAGCAGCCAGGAGAUAUUGACCAUGCUCACCACCCUCAUCAUGGAGACACACAAGCUGAGACGCACCCCAAGUUUGCACCAUCCGCUCACCAGGUGGCUCCCAGAAGCCUUUGGGCUGUCCCAGGACCAGAAGGCUUCCUUGCACGAUCUCCACUGUCCUCCGCUGCAAGAAGAACACAGAGCGGGAACGGUGACCGUCAGCGAGAUCACGGUGACCACCACGGUCAUCAAUGGGCCGGAGCAAAAACAGGGGUAGCUCCCCUGUUAGCCAAAGCUCCUGUGGUGGAAAAGCGAGGGGGGGGGGCACCAGCAGCAGAAGACGGCCUAGGGGGAGAC